AUGACUUUAACUGGAGAAUCCACCACAUGGCCAAUCACUAACACUAUUAAACCAGCAAGAUAUUUAAUGGUUGGUUUCAAGAACUUACCAGAUUCUCAAACGAAUAACAAUAAUCUCUUCAGAGUGGCAAUGAACCAAACUCAAGAUCCUUUAAUCCAUAAAGUUCAAGUAAGAUUAAACAACGAUAAUUAUCCUAACCAACCUUUAACAAUUAAUCCAACCACAAAGGAUUAUAAUGAAUUGUAUAGAAACUAUAAAAAUAUGUGUGAAUUAUUUGGAAAUCCACCUCAGUUUGAAUAUGUAGAUUUUGCACUUAAUCAUCCAAUCUUCUGUUUUGAUCUAUCAGCUCACCAAGAAGAUCUUUUCAAAACAGGAGUGAACAUAAAUAUUCAUAUUGAAAAAACACAAGGAGAUGUGACCGGAGCCAGAGACGAUAUAGACUUAGAAAGAAUUGACGCGAACGCAAAAGAAGGUGGAUUUUUACCUUUCCUACUACCUUUAAUAUUUGAUGGUAUUGCAGCGGCGGGUGCAGCAACUGGUAGAAUAUCUGCCGCAGUCAAAGCUGCCAACGCAAAGAAAGCAGCUGAUGCUAAAGCCGCUGAAGAACGCAGACAUAAUUUAAUAAUGGAAAAGGAAGCCAAAGGUUCAGGAGUGGGAGAUAUGAUAGGCACUAUAAAAGAAUUUGGAAAAAGAUUUGGGGAAGAAACCAAGAAAAUUGUUAAACAAGGAUUAAAUAAAUUAGUAGAUAGUAUUGACACAGGAGAAGUCAAAGUCAAACAUAAGGUUCCGGUUCUGGGAAAACUCAUCUCACUUUUAACAUGUGGACAACAUUUAUCGUAUUAUCAAUAUCCUCAAAGCUUUAGAAUAUUUACCAAACAAAGAUGUUCAAGACAAGAAGAAGUGGAAAUAAAAGAUAUCAUAGAUAACUACAUUGAAGCAAAGAAUCCAACGGAUAUUAAAGUCUUUCUUACGAAAAAUGUUAAUGAUCUAGACUUGUCUAAUAUUGAUAGCAAUCGAAAGAACUUAAUAUUAUUUGACGACUGCGUAGCGCAAAGACAUCAAGCUGUUCAACAAGAAUUGUUCACGAAAGGAAGACAUCACAAAUGUCACUGCAUAUACCAAUCCAAAUCUUUUUACGGGAUGGAUUCUAUGUUCAUUAGAAAAAAUGCAAAUUGUUUUUUAUUAUUUGAAUUAAACGAUAAAGAUUUAUCUCAAAUCAUUCAAUCGAUUAAUCACGGAAUGGACAGAGAUGCAUUUAAAAAGGUUUGUAAAACUAAAUGGAAAAACCCAGGUGAUCAUGGAUAUAUAUUCGUUAAUACUAGAAAACCUGCAGGUGAAAGAGUAAUGACAGAUAUAUAUUAA